UAGCAGCGGGCGGCAGGAUCUCUCCGGCGGAGACUACAUUGCCCAUGUAGCCGGCGGGGACUAUAUAAUCAGCCGCAGAGAGCCGGGGAAGUGCAGUAACCAUGUGGAUGUGCUGCUGAGCCAGCUCUUGGCUGAGGAGGGUUGGGAGCCGGAGCGGGGGCUAGCGAGCCUCCAUCCCUCACGGAGCUCCUUGGCAGGGGCAACAGGGCUUCCUCCGGGAACAUGGGAUUACAAAGCGGCUCCUAACCCGCUCCAGCUCCAGGGCGAGCCGAGCCCCGUAUGCAAUCAGGGCCAACAAGCCAGAGAUGUCCGACAAAAUGUCAAGUUUCCUGCAUAUUGGAGACAUAUGUUCUUUGUACGCAGAGGGAUCAACAAAUGGAUUUAUCAGCACGUUGGGACUUGUAGAUGACCGGUGUGUUGUACAGCCAGAAACAGGGGACCUUAACAACCCUCCAAAAAAAUUCAGAGAUUGCCUCUUUAAGUUAUGUCCCAUGAAUCGCUAUUCUGCACAGAAGCAGUUUUGGAAAGCUGCUAAGCCAGGAGCUAACAGCACAACUGAUGCUGUAUUGCUCAACAAACUACAUCAUGCUGCAGAUUUGGAAAAGAAGCAGAAUGAGACCGAGAAUAGGAAGUUGCUUGGCACGGUUAUCCAAUACGGCAAUGUUAUUCAGCUUUUGCACUUGAAAAGCAACAAAUACUUGACUGUAAAUAAGAGACUUCCAGCUCUGCUAGAGAAGAAUGCUAUGAGGGUCACUCUGGAUGAGGCUGGCAAUGAAGGGUCCUGGUUUUACAUACAGCCAUUCUACAAACUGCGUUCCAUAGGAGAUAGCGUGGUCAUAGGGGACAAGGUGGUAUUGAAUCCUGUUAAUGCUGGCCAGCCUCUGCACGCCAGUACUCACCAACUAGUAGACAAUCCUGGCUGUAAUGAGGUGAACUCAGUGAACUGCAACACAAGCUGGAAAAUAGUCCUCUUUAUGAAAUGGAGCGAUAACAAAGACGAUAUCCUGAAAGGGGGUGAUGUGGUGCGGUUGUUUCAUGCAGAGCAGGAAAAAUUUCUGACUUGUGAUGAGCACAGAAAGAAGCAGCACGUCUUCCUGAGAACCACUGGGAGACAGUCAGCUACUUCUGCAACUAGCUCAAAAGCUCUGUGGGAAGUUGAGGUAGUACAACAUGACCCUUGUCGAGGUGGUGCGGGAUAUUGGAAUAGCCUUUUUCGGUUCAAACAUCUUGCGACUGGACACUACUUAGCUGCAGAGGUAAAUCCUGACUAUGUGGAAGAUUACCAGGAAUGUCAGUCCUCACUGGAUCCUGACCAGGAUGCAGCCAGAAGGGGCUUGCAUAAUGCUCCAGAGAAGAUGGCAUACUCUUUAGUCUCUGUUCCUGAAGGAAAUGAUAUCUCUUCGAUCUUUGAGCUUGACCCCACUACUUUACGAGGGGGAGACAGCCUUGUCCCAAGGAACUCCUAUGUCAGACUUAGACAUCUGUGUACAAAUACCUGGGUUCACAGCACCAAUAUCCCAAUUGAUAAAGAAGAAGAAAAACCUGUGAUGCUUAAAAUUGGCACCUCUCCAGUAAAAGAAGACAAAGAAGCUUUUGCUAUAGUACCAGUUUCUCCUGCAGAAGUUCGAGACUUGGAUUUUGCAAAUGACGCAAGCAAAGUAUUGGGUUCAAUUGCUGGCAAGUUGGAAAAGGGGACAAUAACCCAGAAUGAACGGAGGUCUGUUACAAAGUUGCUGGAAGAUUUGGUAUAUUUUGUUACCGGUGGAACAAAUUCUGGACAAGAUGUGCUUGAAGUCAUGUUCUCAAAGCCAAACAGAGAACGACAAAAGCUAAUGAGAGAGCAAAAUAUUUUGAAACAGAUAUUCAAGCUAUUACAAGCACCAUUUACUGACUGUGGAGAUGGACCAAUGCUGAGACUAGAAGAACUUGGAGACCAACGCCACGCUCCUUUCAGACACAUAUGUCGGCUCUGUUACAGAGUUUUGAGACACUCCCAACAAGACUACAGGAAGAACCAGGAAUAUAUAGCCAAGCAGUUUGGCUUUAUGCAGAAGCAAAUUGGGUAUGACGUCUUGGCAGAAGACACUAUAACAGCACUGCUCCAUAAUAACCGCAAGCUGUUGGAGAAGCACAUUACUGCUGCUGAGAUUGAUACCUUUGUUAGCCUUGUAAGGAAAAACAGAGAGCCGAGAUUCUUGGAUUACCUUUCAGAUCUUUGUGUGUCCAUGAACAAAUCUAUUCCAGUGACCCAGGAGCUGAUUUGUAAAGCUGUGUUAAACCCAGCAAAUGCAGACAUACUCAUUGAAACCAAACUGGUCCUGUCUCGGUUUGAAUUUGAAGAGCUGUCGUCUGGAGAGAAUUCAUUGGAGGUUGGUGAGGAUGAGGAAGAAGUCUGGUUAUUCUGGAGAGACAGCAACAAAGAGGUCCGCAGUAAGAGUAUCAGAGAGCUGGCUCAGGAUGCUAAAGAAGGGCAGAAGGAAGACCGGGAUGUGCUCAGCUACUACAGGUACCAGUUGAAUCUUUUUGCUAGGAUGUGCCUUGAUCGGCAAUACUUGGCUAUAAAUGAAAUAUCUGGCCAGCUAGAUGUAGAUCUCAUCCUUCGCUGCAUGUCCGAUGAAAAUUUGCCUUAUGACUUGAGAGCGUCGUUCUGCCGGCUGAUGCUGCAUAUGCACGUUGACCGCGAUCCCCAAGAACAAGUGACACCAGUAAAAUAUGCCCGGUUGUGGUCAGAGAUACCUUCUGAAAUUGCAAUCGAUGACUAUGAUAGCAGUGGAACUUCCAAAGAUGAAAUCAAGGAGCGGUUUGCACAAACCAUGGACUUUGUUGAGGAAUAUUUAAGAGACGUUGUCUGCCAGAGAUUUCCUUUCUCCGACAAAGAAAAAAAUAAACUCACCUUUGAGGUGGUAAACCUGGCCCGAAACCUGAUCUAUUUUGGCUUCUACAAUUUCUGUGACCUGCUCAGGCUAACAAAAAUCCUCCUAGCUAUUUUGGACUGUGUCCAUGUUGCUACGAUCUUUCCUAUCACAAAGGUUGCAAAAGGAGAAGAGAGUAAAGGGAGCAAUGUGAUGAGAUCUAUCCAUGGUGUUGGGGAGCUGAUGACCCAAGUUGUGCUCAGGGGUGGAGGGUUCUUGCCCAUGGCUCCUCUUGCUGCUGCCCCAGAAGGUAAUGUGAAACAGGUUGAACCUGAGAAAGAAGACAUCCUGGUAAUGGACACCAAGCUGAAAAUCAUUGAGAUACUUCAGUUCAUUUUGAAUGUGAGAUUGGAUUAUAGAAUCUCAUGCCUUCUGUGCAUAUUUAAACAUGAGUUUGAUGAAAGCAAUGCACAGACACCUGAUUCACCUACAGGAAGCAAUAACCAAGAAAUGCCAAAUGUACCAGGAGCUCUUGACUUUGAACACAUCGAAGAGCAAGCAGAAGGGAUAUUUGGAGGCAGUGAAGAGAAUACACCACUAGAUUUGGAUGAUCAUGGUGGCAGAACUUUCCUUAGAGUAUUACUCCAUUUAACUAUGCAUGACUACCCUCCUCUGGUGUCUGGAGCCCUUCAGCUACUCUUUAGGCACUUUAGUCAGAGGCAAGAAGUCCUUCAGGCCUUUAAACAGGUCCAACUGCUUGUCACCAGCCAAGAUGUGGACAACUACAAGCAGAUAAAACAAGAUUUGGAUCAGUUGAGAUCAAUUGUGGAAAAAUCUGAACUCUGGGUGUAUAAAGGCCAGGGACCUGAUGAAACGAUGGAUGUAACGACUGGAGAGAAUGAACAUAAGAAAAAGGAGGAAGGCCACAGCAAACCACGGAAACCCGAAAGCACUAGUAGCUAUAAUUACAGGGUGGUCAAAGAGAUUUUGCUUCGACUUAGCAAGCUUUGUGUACAAGAAAGCAUCUUGGUCAGGAAAAGCCGGAAGCAGCAACAGAGGUUGCUCCGAAACAUGGGCGCUCACACUGUGGUCCUGGAGCUCUUACAGAUCCCGUAUGAGAAAGCUGAAGAUACAAGGAUGCAGGAGAUCAUGAAGCUCGCCCAUGCGUUCCUGCAGAACUUCUGUGCUGGCAACCAACAGAACCAAGCAUUGCUGCACAAGCAUAUAAAUCUGUUUCUCAACCCUGGGAUCCUGGAGGCUGUAACGAUGCAACAUAUCUUCAUGAAUAACUUCCAGCUUUGCAGCGAGAUUAAUGAGCGGGUGGUUCAACACUUCGUGCACUGUAUUGAAACACACGGACGGAAUGUCCAGUACAUUAAGUUCCUGCAGACAAUUGUUAAGGCUGAAGGAAAGUUCAUUAAAAAGUGCCAGGAUAUGGUCAUGGCUGAGCUUGUCAACGCGGGGGAAGAUGUCCUUGUUUUCUACAAUGACAGGGCCUCUUUUCAGACACUAGUGCAGAUGAUGAGAUCAGAACGGGACAGGAUGGAUGAAAACAGUGCUCUAAUGUAUCAUAUCCAUUUAGUUGAGCUGUUGGCUGUUUGCACUGAGGGCAAAAAUGUCUACACGGAAAUCAAGUGCAAUUCUCUCCUCCCUUUGGAUGACAUUGUUAGGGUGGUGACCCAUGAGGACUGCAUACCUGAGGUUAAAAUUGCCUAUAUAAAUUUCCUAAAUCAUUGCUAUGUAGACACAGAAGUUGAAAUGAAAGAGAUUUAUACAAGCAAUCACAUGUGGAAGCUCUUUGAGAAUUUCCUUGUUGACAUCUGUAGGACUUGCAACAACACCAGUGACAGGAAGCAUGCGGAUUCUGUAUUAGAGAAGUAUGUGACUGAAAUAGUGAUGAGUAUAGUUACCACUUUCUUCAGUUCCCCAUUCUCAGAUCAAAGCACAACUCUGCAGGCUUGUCUACACAUCCCUGGAAAAAUAUUCCUUUUGGCGUUGCUAAAGACUCGCCAGCCUGUGUUUGUGCAGCUCUUGCAAGGUGUGUUCAGAGUGUAUCACUGCAACUGGCUCAUGCCCAGCCAAAAAGCAUCAGUGGAAAGCUGUAUCAGAGUACUUUCAGAUGUAGCAAAGAGCAGAGCAAUUGCCAUCCCAGUUGAUCUGGACAGCCAAGUAAACAACCUCUUCCUGAAAUCUCACAACAUAGUACAAAAAACAGCAAUGAACUGGAGGAUGACAGCAAGGAAUGCUGCUCGGAGAGAUUCGGUGAUGGCUGCUUCUAGGGAUUACCGCAACAUCAUUGAGAGAUUGCAGGAUAUAGUGUCUGCUCUGGAAGAUCGCUUGCGCCCGCUUGUCCAGGCUGAGUUGUCUGUAUUGGUGGACGUCCUUCAUAGACCAGAGCUGCUCUUCCCAGAGAAUACAGAUGCAAGAAGGAAAUGCGAAAGUGGAGGUUUCAUCUGCAAGUUAAUAAAACAUACUAAACAGCUGCUGGAGGAAAAUGAGGAGAAACUUUGUAUUAAAGUAUUACAGACACUCAGGGAAAUGAUGACCAAAGAUAGAGGCUAUGGAGAGAAGGAGCUUGAUCAAAGUCUACCACAGAGACAGCUUGAAGAUCAUAAAAGGGGUGAGGCACUCAGACAGGUUUUGGUCAACCGUUACUAUGGCAACGUCAGAAGCACAGGAAGAAGAGAGAGUCUGACCAGCUUUGGCAAUGGUCCAUUGUCUCCUGGAGGCCCUGGCAAAGCUGGGGGAGGAGGAGGUGGGUCUGGUUCCAGCCCAGCAAACCGAGGUGAAAUGAGUUUGUCAGAAGUCCAGUGUCACCUGGAUAAGGAAGGUGCAUCCAAUCUGGUCAUAGAUCUCAUCAUGAAUGCCACCAGUGACAGAGUUUUUCAUGAAAGCAUUCUUCUGGCUAUUGCCCUUUUGGAAGGUGGAAACACUAUUAUACAGCACUCAUUCUUUUGCCGACUAACAGAAGAUAAGAAGUCGGAAAAAUUCUUCAAAGUUUUUUAUGACCGCAUGAAAGUGGCUCAGCAAGAGAUCAAGGCUACAGUCACAGUUAACACCAGUGAUUUAGGAAAUAAAAAGAAAGAUGAUGACUCGGACAGAGAUGUACCAGCCAGGAAAAGAGCUUUGAGAGAACCCAUGACCCAAAUAACAGAGGAGGUGCGAGAUCAGUUGGUUGAAGCCUCUACUGCUACAAGGAAGGCAUACAACACUUACAGGAGGGAAGCUGAUCCCGAUGACCAUUAUUCAGCUGCAGAUGGCGCACAGUCUGCAUCAGACAAAAACAAAGACGAACUGGAGAUGAGUCCUGUUAUCACAAUAAUGCAGCCCAUCUUGCGGUUUUUGCAGCUGCUGUGUGAAAACCACAAUCGGGACCUGCAGAAUUUCCUGCGCUGUCAAAACAACAAGACAAAUUACAACUUAGUGUGUGAGACUCUGCAGUUUCUGGACUGUAUCUGUGGAAGCACAACUGGAGGACUUGGACUUCUUGGGCUGUACAUUAAUGAGAAAAAUGUAGCAUUGAUCAACCAGACACUGGAAAGUUUGACUGAGUACUGCCAGGGACCAUGCCAUGAAAACCAGAACUGCAUUGCUACUCAUGAGUCCAACGGUAUAGAUAUAAUUACAGCAUUAAUUCUCAAUGAUAUCAACCCUCUGGGGAAGAAGCGGAUGGAUCUAGUAUUAGAACUGAAGAACAAUGCCUCUAAGUUACUCUUGGCAAUAAUGGAAAGUAGGCACGACAGUGAGAACGCAGAAAGGAUCCUGUAUAAUAUGAGACCCAAAGAACUGGUCGAAGUGAUUAAGAAGGCUUAUCUGCAAGGUGAAGUUGAGUUUGAGGAUGGAGAGAAUGGUGAAGAUCUUGCUGCGUCUCCUAGAAAUGUGGGGCAUAAUAUUUACAUAUUAGCCCAUCAGCUCGCUCGUCAUAACAAAGAGUUGCAGAACAUGUUGAAGCCUGGAGGUCAAAUUGAUGGAGAUGAAGCUUUGGAAUUCUAUGCCAAGCACACAGCUCAGAUUGAGAUUGUUAGAUCAGAUCGCACCAUGGAGCAAAUAGUUUUCCCUGUGCCCAGUAUAUGUGAGUUCCUCACCAAGGAAUCUAAACUACGGGUAUACUAUACUACCGAGAGGGAUGAGCAAGGCAGUAAGAUAAAUGACUUUUUCAUGAGAUCAGAAGACCUCUUCAAUGAAAUGAACUGGCAAAAGAAACUCAGAGCUCAACAUAUACUGUACUGGUGCUCGCGCAACAUGUCCUUCUGGAGCAGUAUUUCCUUUAACCUUGCAGUCCUUAUGAAUCUUUUGGUAGCAUUUUUCUAUCCAUUUAAAGGAGUCAAAGGAGGUACGUUGGAGCCCCACUUGUCAGGCUUACUUUGGACAGCCAUGCUGAUAUCAUUUGCCAUAGUUGUUGCCUUACCUAAACCCCACGGCAUUAGAGCCUUAAUAGCUUCCACAAUACUGCGGCUAAUAUUUUCUGUAGGCUUGCAGCCAACAUUAUUUCUUCUGGGAGCUUUCAAUGUUUGUAACAAAAUAAUAUUUCUGAUGAGUUUUGUUGGUAACUGUGGAACAUUCACUCGAGGAUACAAAGCCAUGAUCUUGGAUGUGGAGUUCCUUUAUCAUCUACUAUAUCUUCUUAUUUGUGCAAUGGGGCUUUUCGUUCAUGAAUUUUUCUACAGCUUGCUGCUUUUUGACUUGGUGUACAGAGAAGAAACUUUGUUGAAUGUCAUUAAAAGUGUCACUCGCAAUGGACGCUCCAUCAUCCUGACUGCUGUUCUUGCUCUUAUCUUGGUUUACCUGUUCUCGAUAGUGGGCUACCUGUUCUUCAAGGAUGACUUUAUCUUGGAAGUAGAUAAGCUCCCUAAUGAGACGUUGUCGCCAGAUCAGCAUACUGAAGCUGGUGAGGCAAUGACCGCAGAGUUCCUGUAUUCUAACGUAUGCAGAAUAGAGAGUGGGGAAAACUGCUCUUCUGUUGUUCCUUCGGCAGAGCUGUUUUCUGAAGAAGCCGAGGAAGAGGAUAAAGAACAUACGUGCGAGACAUUGCUAAUGUGCAUUGUUACUGUGCUUAGUCAUGGCCUGCGGAGUGGGGGUGGUGUUGGAGACGUCCUCAGGAAACCUUCCAAGGAGGAGCCCCUUUUUGCUGCAAGAGUGAUCUAUGACCUCCUCUUCUUCUUCAUGGUGAUCAUUAUUGUCCUCAAUCUGAUUUUUGGUGUUAUCAUUGAUACCUUUGCUGAUCUAAGAAGUGAGAAACAAAAGAAAGAAGAAGUAUUAAAAACAACAUGCUUUAUUUGUGGUCUGGAGAGAGACAAGUUUGAUAAUAAGACGGUCACUUUUGAAGAGCAUAUUAAAGAGGAGCAUAAUAUGUGGCACUACUUGUUCUUCAUUGUCUUGGUCAAAGUAAAGGAUUCUACAGAAUAUACAGGGCCUGAAAGCUACGUGGCUGAAAUGAUAAAGGAGAGAAAUCUGGAUUGGUUCCCUCGGAUGCGUGCCAUGUCACUUGUGAGCAGUGAUUCUGAAGGAGAACAGAAUGAACUUAGAAACUUGCAAGAGAAGCUUGAAUCUACCAUGAAGCUGGUGUCCAAUCUUUCUAAUCAGCUGUCUGAGCUUAAAGAGCAGAUGACAGAGCAGAGGAAGCAAAAACAGCGUAUUGGUCUCCUAGGACAUCCUGCUUCUAUCAAUGUGAACCCACAGCAACCAGCAUAAAUCAAAUGGGUGGCUUGUCUGCCCACCCUAAUCCCCUUUUUCGUAACAGGAGUUGAGAUUCAACCCUCAAAGCUGUUUCUGUAUACCUAGUUCAUUGUGUGUAAAUAACCUUUUUAUACUGUAUGUAUAGGGCUUCAUUGAGAAAGUACGGGCACAUUAUUGGAAGGGGGGGUUACAUUUGUGCCAAAAAAUGCCUUUUAUAGGAAGAAGUGAAGGGCACACCUAACUUGCACUUGAAAAUGAUUAUUGAUUAAAAUAGUACGUGACCUGUAUUUUGUAUUUAAGACCUUCAGAUAGCUGGUAUUUAUGGGUUUUUUAUACAGUUGUGCAAUAUGAAUUAUGCAAUCACACUAUACUUGUUCUUUACUCUUGUGUGUCCUAAAGGGAGUGCACACAUCUUUGAAUCUGGUGUCAUCUUACAUCAUUUACUAAAUGGCAUCAGAUGACACAGUUAAGCAAGGCUGCUGAGAAACCGUGUUCCUGGUGAGGUUUUGUCCUCCAGGACAUUUUUGUAACACAUGGCAUUCUGAGAGAUUGACACAUCAUGGCAAUGGUGCUUCCUCUUACCACCCCCACCUCUCAACAUUCCUCUUUAUCUAUUUUUGAUUUAAAUUAAAAUGAGCAAUGAGAUUUUAUUCAGAAUAGACCCAUUGAAAAGAAUAACCAUGACUAAGUUAGGUGCAUUAUUUUUCAAGAGGUCUGCUUUGAGUAAAACUCUGAAUACCACCCAAAGUUCUUAAAUGUUACUUUGAGGAUUCCGGAACCCACCACAGUGCAAAGCUGCAUCUUAGCAGACUGAUCCCUAAAUCUCAAGAUGUGUGGAAGAGGCUAAAGCAUUCAUUUAUGAAGAAAUCUGAAGUACUGAAAUGAACCUUUUUCUUUAUGGAAAAAUUAAAACUAGGAGGAUUUGACACUGCUGCAGAUCAUUGUAAUCUUCUAGGAGACCACCCCCCCCUCUGUGUAUGUGUGCCAUAUUGAUUUAGAGGGUCCUAGAAGGGUUUGCAGGCUACCACCUCAGUCGAGCAUCUGCACUUUGUAACUCAGACAGAAGUACAUUCCCCUCAUGCAUUAAAUCAAUUAAAAUAUUAAAUAUCCCUUUUGGGACUCCUAGCUGAGCACUGAUUUUGUAAUACUUGAGAAAGAGCCACUGGUUUGAGAUUGUAUUUUAGUUUCCAUUCCAUCUUGGUCACAUUUUUAUUGCUCACAACAGCUGAGAAAUAUUGGGGGGGAACCUGUUGCCUAGUUUUGUACAUGGUCAUUUUACAGAAGCUUAUUCUCUGCUAUAAAAAAGUGGAGAUGAAGAACGCUUAUUAAAGUUUGUAAAUGCAUAAAUAUAGAUAUUUAAAUAAAAUAUAUAAUAAUAAUGUAUAGUACU